AUGGGACAGGGGCCGGUCCCGGACCGAGUGAUGGCGGAGCACAGGAAGCCACCCCGCCGUCCAUGCAUGGCGCUGAAGGCGCUGAAGGCCUCCGUGGCAGGUAAGCGACGCCACGUCUGGGGCCGCAUUCCUGGUCAGGAGAACACAAGCACAGGGGACGCCUCCACGAAAAAGCGCAAGAGGCGCAGUAGGUGGGGAGAGAAAGAGGAAACCAACGACGAGAAGGCCAUCAUGCUCAUGCCCAAUGAAAUUGUGCUCAGCAAUGGCAUGAAGGUGUACCUCCCGCCCUCUGUGACUGGACGCUCCCCCACUGGCGACCCAGAGGUCCUGGUUUUCCACCAGCAGCUCAACGCCCUGAACAAGAAGAUCUCAGAGGGCGAAAUCGACAUCCCUCCAGAGGGAGAGCGGUCACCCUCUCCCCCCCCAACGUAUGAUGCCAUGGGCAUCCGGCUCAACACGCGUGAAGUCAGGUACCGCGAGAAGAUGCAGCGCAAGCGUAACGAGCUGAUCGAGACCCUGAUCGCGCGGGAUCCCACCUACCGCCCCCCCAGCGACUAUCGACCGGAGAAGAAGUGGUGCAAGCUGAGCAUCCCACACCGCCAAUACCCUGGCUACAAUUUCAUCGGGCUCAUCAUUGGGCCCCGUGGCAACACUCAGCAGCGGAUGCAGGCAGAGACCAACACCAAGAUCGCCAUCAGGGGGCGUGGCUCGAUCAAGGAUGGCACGGCUCGCGACUCCAAAGGGGCUGCUGGUGAGGACGAGGACCUACACGUUAUGAUCACCGGAGACCGGCAGGAGGACGUGGAUGCUGCACGGAGGCUGGUGGAGAGGCUCCUAAAGCCCCUGGACGAGGAGAUGAACGAGCACAAGCGCAUCCAGCUUCGGGAGCUGGCGGCGAUGAACGGCACCCUCAAGGACACAGAGUACUGUACCAACUGCGCAGAGCCAGGUCACAACGCCGACAACUGCCCCAAGUCUGCCCUGGACGUGUUCCGCCUGCCCGACCAGAUUGCCGCCCGUGUGGAGGAGCAGUAUGCGCGGGACGUGGCUCGCAUGAACCCUGGCGAGUCUGGCAAGAUGGAGCAGGAGUUCAGCUCCUUCCUGGCGGAGCUGGGCGGCACCGACCCGCGCGCCAUGCCCUCGGGGGGCGCCGGCUUCGGCGGCGGUCCGUCCUCCAGGGCGGGCCUGGGCUCUCGCUCCCGCCCCGGGGACGAUCUGCCAGACUCCUGCAAGCUAUACAUCGGCAACCUGUCCAAGAGCAUGACGGAGGACGUGCUGCGAGAUCUGUUCAGUGUGCAUGGCAACGUGCUCCAUGCCGCCGUGCCACGAGACAUGGCAACAGGCCUGGCACGGGGGUUUGGCUUCAUCACCUUCCCCGACGACGCCACCGCCGCGGCGGCGAGGAGGGCCAUGGACGGACACCUGGUGGACGAUCUGCCCCUGAUCGUGAGGAUGAAGGGCGAGCCCAGCUCCGGCCCCGCCUUCCCCAUGCGCAGAGGUGGUGGCCCCUCCCGCCCCGACGACGACCUGCCGCCGGAGAACAAGCUGUAUGUCGGCUCGCUGCCCCCCAGCAUCGACGACGCCGCUCUCCAGCGGGAAUUCGAGCGCUUCGGCCCCAUCGCCUCCUGCCGCGUGAUCUACGACCGCGACACCAACCGCCCGCGCGGCUACGCCUUUGUGAACUUUGUGGACACGGAGGCGGCGCGGGCCGCGCUGUUCAACAUGAAUGGCUUCACAGGCUUCGAGGGGGGGAGGCCCAUCAACGUCAAGAUCUCCGGGCAGUCCGGGGGGCCGGGAGACCCAUACCAUGGCCAGUACGGCGCCGCCCCGCCUCCCCCGCCUGCUGCUGCGCCGACGCCCGCCGACCUCUACCCCGGCGCGUACGCGCCGGGGCCCGCCCAGUACCAGUACGCUGCGGCGCCGGCGGAGGAGGCACCGCCGCCGCCGCCACCCCCGGCACCCGCACUCCCCGCGCCCGAGGGUGGCAGCGUGCCGGCCCCCACGCCAGCACCCGUGGAGAGCGAGUACGAGCGCUUCAUGGCCGAAAUACCCACAUCCCCCCUCCCCUCCCCGGUGAUGCUGCGGGGCCCCUCGCCCACCAGCGUCUCCGACAAGACGUCCAGGACAGAUGAGGAGGGCUUUCCCGUGCUGGUGGAUGGCGCCCUUGCCAGGGUUCACCUCGACCUGCAGGCGGAGGUGCUGAGCUGGACACUCGAGCUGGGGGGGCCCCUGUGCUGUGCUCCGGGCCAGCGCUCUACCUCCCUGCCCGUCACCGAGAUCCUGGCGGUGGAGAUGCAGGCGGCCCGCAUGCGCAGGGCCCAUGCGCUGGUCAUCUACACCUUCCAGCGGUCUCCCUCCAACCCCUCCUGCUGGCACCCCCGCCAAGUCACGUUCACCUCCCCGAAUGAGGCCGUCCUGCGCGCGUGGGAGGCGGCGGUGCGGAGCCUGCUGCAGCGCCAGGCGCACCGCCCCCGCCACCUCCUUGUCAUAGUCAACCCGUACGGCGGCUCGCGCCUGGCCCGCGCCACCUGGGCCACCACCGUGCGCCCCGUGCUGGCCAAGGCCGGCGUGCGGUGCACGACUCUGGAAAGCGCGGCGCGAGGCCACGCCGCCGACCUGGUGCGCCGGCACCUGGAGGCCCUGGAGGCGGGGCCCCACGAUCCCGGGCCGCCCGUGGAUGGCCUGCUGGCCGUGGGCGGCGACGGCCUCUUCCACGAAAUGGUCAACGCGCUGCUGGCGGCGCGCCUGGCGGCGGGGGGGCGGUCGCGACGCCUGGCCGCGCUGCGCCUCGGCCAUGUCCCCGCGGGCUCCACCGACGCAGUGGCGUGCACGCUGAACGGCACCCGCUCGGCCUUCACCGCGGCGAUGCACGUCGCUCUGGGCGACCAGGUGCCCCUCGACGUCCUGCGCAUCGACACCGCGCAGCCGCACACCGAGUUUGCGGUGUGCAUGGCCAGCUACGGCUUCAUGGGCGACCUGAUGGCCGAGUCGGAGGGCCUGCGCUGGCUGGGGCCGCUGCGGUACGAGGUGGUGGGCGCGCGCAUGCUGGCCGCCAACCGCUCCUACCGGGCCAGGCUGUCCUACCUGCCACCCCCGCGCGAGGCCCAGCCCAGCUUCACGCGGGCCUGCAGGGCGGGGUGCGAUGCCUGCCGCGCGGGCUCGCAUCCCGCGCCGGGCGACGCCGAGCUGGGGCGGCCGGCCACCGUGCUCUGGCAGACACGGCGGUCAGAGUGGGUCACACUGGAGGAGGAGGAGUUUGCUGGGUUCAUGAUGGUGGUCAUGCCCUGCCGCAGCGACAAGUCAAAAAACGGCGUCGCCAAGUAUGGCCACCUGAGCGACGGCAAGCUCCACCUGGUGGUGAUCAAGCGCUGCAGUCGCCUGAUGUACCUCCGCUUCCUCCUGCGCAUGGCGCACAUCGGGCUGGAGGCUGGGGGCGACCACGGCGAUUACAUAAAGGUCAUCCCUGCCCUCGCCGUCCGCAUCGAGCCGAUCGGCAAGGAAAGCCAGUGGAACGUUGAUGGCGAGCUCCUGCCCAGCAGCAUUUUCACUGCACAGCUGCAUCGCGGGGCGGUAGACGUUUUUGCCAGAGGCGUGGACGGCUGA